AUGGACGAAGAGGAAGCUGAACUCCGCAAUCCCUUCCCCUCACCGCCAUCUCACUACAACAACUAUACAUCGCAUAACCUGAAGCUACUUGCUUUACUCAAGGAACGAGUCGGGGAUGAAAAUGCUGAUCUCGGGGUAGUUGACCAGCAUGAAUUACUCUCAGAUCAAACCAAUGUUCCUACAUGGUCGCUGGCCCAGCUCGAGAAACCACGAGUAGACUGGGUCCUUGAAGAAGGCCACUAUAGCGUCUUCGGGGAUACGUGGUUUGUGAAAGAGACCGUCCCGUCUCUAGCUGAACUCGGGGGACAUCAGCUCUACCCUCCUGACCCAAGUACAGAUCAACGGCCUGCGCUUCUUGCUGUCCUGAGGUCAAUACUGGUCACGUACUCCAAUUUGACAGAUGCAAUUCUUGCACCACCACCACCACCUUCAUCCUCAGCACAGCCAGAGUGGCAACGUCAGCUUGAGUGGAUCACGAUACUUGCCCAGAAUCUUAUGGCAGCUGCAAAUGAUCUACGGCCCGUUCAGGCUAGAGGAAAUCUUGAACUCAUGAUGCAACGACAGCUGGAGCUGAGGCGCGAGGAGACGAAGAACAUUCACUCGCAUUGUGAUGCUAUUGAGGCUCGGUUGUUGGAGCUACGUUCUUCGGCUCAGGAAAUGGCGGGUUCAGACCAGAAGUCGACUGCGAAAUUCCGCAGUUCUCAGGUAACUUAUCCUCGUGCACGUCAACGUAAACCUGAUUUCGUGUAG